AUGACUAUCACAUCAUCAUUUGUUGCAUUUCAACGCGUUAUUGUCGCAGAGGAUCGUGUCGCUCCCCAGAUGAAGCCCGUCAUUGAUAAAAUGCUGGAGCGCCUUCCUCGGCAUGAUACUAAGGUAAGCUAUCAGUACGAAUCACAUGUUUACCAUUUUUUGGUUGAAAAUGAGAUUGUAUACUGCUGUAUUUCAGGUAGUGAUUAUAAAAGUCGAACAGUUUUUGGAUUUCUAAUGCAGAUUCGUGAUUCCUUUAAAAGUCAAUUUGCUGGGAGUGCGAAUCGAUACCCCCGUUCUUCAGAUAUAACGCCUGCAGUUUGCAGUAAGUUCUGCACAACUCUUGCAACUUCAACACGUACAUUCAAUGAAAAUCCCCAAGCUGACAAAAUAGGUAAAAUAAAUGAUCAAAUUGAUAAUACCAAACAGAUUAUGUUGGAGAAUCUUGACAGAUUGAUCGAUCGGGGCGAACGGAUUGAAAAUUUGUGUGAUAAAACGGAGCAACUUAGGGAUGAAGCUCAGUUUUUUCAUUCGAGUGCCCGUGAAUUAAAACGGAAGAUGUUGAUAAGGAACAUCAAGCUUGCUAUUGCCAUUUUACUCGUACUAGGUCUCGUUGGACUUGUUAUCGCCUUCAUGAUUUGUGGUAUAGACUUUAAGAAAUGCAAACACUAG